AAUUUAUUAUAUCAAAAAUAAUUAAAAUCAAUUUCCUUUUGUAAUCAAUUAUUUUGAAUUACAACAUGAGAAUCGCAAUAGAAGGGUGUGCCCAUGGCGAAUUAGAACUUAUUUACAAUAGCCUACAGAAGAUUGAAAAAGCUAACGGGGAAAAAAUAGAUUUAUUGAUAUGCUGCGGAGAUUUUCAAUCGACAAGAAACUUAUGUGAUCUAAAAUGUAUGGCGGUACCUGAUAAAUAUAAAGACAUGUGUACUUUUUACAAAUAUUACUCAGGAGAAAAGGUUGCUCCAGUAUUAACUAUUUUUAUUGGUGGUAAUCACGAAGCAUCAAAUUAUCUUCAAGAAUUACCGUAUGGUGGAUGGGUUGCUCCUAAUAUUUAUUAUCUUGGUUAUGCUAAUGUUAUAACAAUAGGUGGUAUUAGGAUUGCUGGAAUUUCUGGUAUUUAUAAAAGUCAUGAUUGGAUGCAAGGACGUCACGAGAAACCACCUUACACUAAAAGCACAAUACGCAGUGUUUAUCACAUUAGAAAUAUAGAAAUAUUUCGACUAAAACAGAUCUCUGGUAAAGUUGAUAUCUUUUUAUCUCACGAUUGGCCGAAAGGAGUAACUAGGUACGGAGACGAAGAAAAGUUAUUAAGGAGCAAACCAUAUUUUAGGACUGAUAUUGAAAAUAAUGCCCUUGGUAAUCCAGCGAACAUGGAACUAUUACAAUAUCAUUAUCCAUCAUAUUGGUUUUCUGCGCAUUUACAUUGUAAAUUUGCAGCUCUUAUUCCUGAAAAAGAUGGAAAUAGAAAAACGAAAUUUUUAGCAUUGGAUAAGUGUUUACGAAAAAGAAAGUUUCUUCAAAUUUUAGAGUUAGAUCAUAAUCCUAAUUUACCAUUAACUCUAAGCUAUGAUUUAGAGUGGUUAACUAUUCUAUUUUUAACAAAUCAUUUACUCAGCGUUAAGAAUGGAAUACAUUACAUGCCUGGACAAAACGGCAUAGGCAGAUGGACGUUCACACCAACUGCUAAAGAAAAAGAGCAUGUAUUAAAGAAAUUUAAUUAUGAUUUAAAAGUACCAAAUAAUUUUGUACGAACUGUUGAACCUUAUGAUCCAAAUUUAAGGAACUGUCAAAAUGAAACACCUAAAUUGAUAAUAAAUAAUCAAACUACUGAAUUUUGUAAUACCUUGGGCAUAGAUGAUCCUUCAGUAUUAUUGAAAAUUAUACUAAAUGCAAAAGAAACAAAACUUAAUGACACAUCAAUGGAAUCAGCGUUAGAAAGUACAUUAGAAACUAGUGAUUUCUGCAUCACGUACGAAGAAGACAGUGUAUGCGAGGAUAGCGCAAAUAAUACUAUAGAAAUGGUCAAUAUACAUUAUAGCAAUGUAUUACAAGUAGAAAAUAUAGAAUCUGAUAGUAAUAAUACCAUUACACAGUUAGAACCAAAAUGUAAAAAGUUUAAAAGAAGAAAUCAUUCUAUGUAUUCUAAUACUCUUUAAAUGUGAGCAAAACUUUUUUUUUCUCAAAAAGACAGGAAGAAGUUCAUUGACGUAAAAUCUUACAUAGCAAAUUUGACUUAUUCCAAAUUUUCAUAUGUAUAUAAUUACAUAUUUUUUUGUAGAGUAUA